AUGUAUGGCAGUCUUCCUAAUAACCGGCAUCCACGGGGGAUGCAGAUCCACGCUGUACCAGAGGCAGAACGGGCACUCGAUGAUAACGGCCGUCGCUUACCUUGGGCCUACGACUACUUGGCGCCUUCUGGAACAAACGAGAAUGGCGAGCGUCCACGAAUUGAGAAAGGACCAUUCGGCCGGAGCAUGAGGAGGUCAAGAAGUGGCUUGUCGCGAAGUCGGAGCAAGACAGCAGAACCCCGACGAGAAGAGGACAAGAUACGCGCGGACAACAUUGCGGCUGAGGAUGCGAUCUUCGGAUCGCUGCGAAAAGUGGGAACGAAAGAUAGCGGAGAGAGCAAAAGAGAGGUCAUGGCUGAAGUCGAUGCCAACACGGUGACCGCUCAGCCUACGCUGAAGGCGCAAUCGGCCGCGGAGACGGACAGUGAGCCAACGGAAGUGCUGCUCUAUGGCUUUGGGGAUGAUAUGCAAUGGGCUGCAAUUGACUUCUACGAGCGCGUGUCGAAUGGUGUGAUACUCGAAGACUACGAGCGUCAGCCCCCUGGCUCGCGAUAUGAUAUCUCAAGAACUUUGGGUCGUCAGCAGGCCCAGAGAAGCUUGUCCAGAGCAGCGAUGAGAAAGAAGAAUCGAUACGCAGGAGGCGCACACUGGAUCAAAAUCACGUUCGACUCAAGCCAAGCUGCAGAAUUGGCGAUCGCAAGAGCACCACACAUCGUCCGAGGCUUCCUAGUGUAUGCGGAAAUAUACCAAGGCCGAGGACCGCUGAAGGACGAGCCAAUCUACGCGACGCAAGCUGGUGUGCAGAUUACAAGUUCGUCUUUGCCGCCUUCCUUCUCCACCAACACGCUUAUUGGAGGCAGUCCGGAGGGUUCUCCUUCCUCGGCGACGGCUUCAUCAGCUACAGCGACGGCUCCAGGAAGUCGACGUCGCCCUUCUAACCAAGGCAAUCAGAAUUCUCCCACUUCGAGUACUUCUACUAUGCAAGGCGGCGUUCCCGCACAUGCGCUAGGUCCUAGUGCAGCAGCGCAGGUAACGGGGUUCCAACCACAGCCGCAAGCAAUCGGUGGUCGACUCCAAGCACGUCCAGCUGGCGGCCGCAUUCAAGGCGCCACGCGAGCCGUGGUGCUACCAGCCGAAAUGGCUCUGGCUCCUAAGCAACCCAAGCUUUCAUGGUCGUCAUGGAUAGGAGCGAGCGAAAUUAUCGGCUCUGCUGUUCCUAGGAAAGAGGAUGGCACAUUCGACUGGGACAGAGCUAGUCUGUACUGGAAGCUAUUCUGGUGGAUCGAUCAAGUCAUGGGUACCGAUCUCUGCGGCCUAAGGGCGGAUGAUUGA